AUGGGCCGGAUCACGGAAGAUCUCAUCAGGCGGAAUGCGGAACACAACGAGUGUGUAAUUUUUUCUCUGGAGGAACUCUCCUUGCAUCAGCAAGAAAUAGAAAAGCUAGAACAUAUUGACAAGUGGUGCCGGGAUUUAAAAAUUCUCUAUCUUCAAAAUAACCUCAUUGGAAAAAUCGAAAAUGUUAGCAAACUCAAGAAGCUUGAAUAUUUGAAUUUAGCUUUAAACAACAUUGAAAAAAUUGAAAAUUUGGAAGGAUGUGAAGGGCUGGCAAAGCUUGACUUGACUGUGAACUUCAUUGGAGAGCUGAGCAGUGUCAAGACCUUGCAGUGCAACAUCCACCUGAAGGAGCUCUUCCUCAUGGGCAACCCAUGCACGGACUUCGAUGGCUACAGGGAGUUUGUGGUGGCCACUCUUCCACAGCUAAAGUGGCUGGAUGGCAAAGAAAUAGAGCGUUCAGAAAGGAUCCAGGCAUUGCAAAACUAUCCAGUGGUUGAGCAGCAAGUCCGAGAGCAGGAAAAAGCUUACUGCCUCAGAAGAGCCAAAGACAAAGAGGAGGCCCAGAGGAAGCUGGAGGAGCAGCAGGACAAGGAAGACAGGAGGAAGCGGAGGGACCCGGGCUUUGACGGGCGUUGGUACACAGACAUCCACACUGCWCCCCCAUCUUCUUCAGAGACCAUAGACCACUUCCAGGCACCMGAAACACAAGAAGAGGAAUACAACAAAAAGAAAUUAAAUGAAAGUGAAGAUGACCUGGAAUUCUGGAAUAAACCUUCCUUGUAUACUCCAGAAUCUAGAUUGGAAACUCUUAGACAUGUGGAAAAACAACGAAAAGAUCAGGAAAAAUUAAGUGAAAAAAAGAAGAAUAUGAAACCGGCCCGGACUCUGAUCACUGAAGACGGGAAGGCCCUGAAUGUCAAUGAGCCCAAACUUGACUUCUCUUUGAAAGAUGAUGAAGAGCGUAACCAGAUCAUCGUGGACUUGGCUGUCUACAGGUAUAUGGACACGUCUUUAAUUGAGGUUGACGUGCAGCCAACUUAUGUGCGAGUGAUGGUCAAAGGAAAGCCAUUUCAGCUUGUCCUUCCUGCAGAAGUCAAACCUGACAGCAGCUCUGCGAAAAGGUCGCAGACAACAGGACAUUUGGUGAUCUGCAUGCCCAAGGUAGGGAACCGCAUAACAGGGAGGCGACGAACAUCCAAGCCUGUGAAAGCCACCUCGAACAGCCCCAGAGAGCAAACCAAGGAAAGAAGCAAGCAAGCUGAGAAACUAGAAGUAGAUCCUAGCAAGCAUUCCUACCCUGAUGUGACUACCAUAGUUCAAGAGAAAAGCCACAGGCCCAGAAGACUGGCAUCUGAACACAAAGGCGUGCCAAGUGAGGAAGACGCAUACUUUGAAGAUAACCCUGAAGUGCCUCCGCUGAUGUGA